CGUUAAAGUCCAGGGCCCCACAUUUCCGCCGGCCCCACCCAGAUUCACCAAGCGCAAGAGCGCAGCGAUAAGCUGAUAAGAAAGUUGAGCUUAGCCAAAAUAAUUUCGCAGCCAUUCAAGUUAGCACCACCAUCAUCAACUUUUUGACGACAUCACCAUCAAAAUGCUUCGCACAGUAAAGCCCAAAACCGCUCGCUCGAAGCGUGCCCUCGAGAAGCGGGCGCCGAAAGCCGUCGAGAACCCCAAGAAGGCCCUCUUUCUGAGGGGUACCUCCUGCAGUCAAAUCACACAAGAUGCCCUAGGCGAUCUCUAUGCGCUCAGGCAAGUCCAUGCCAAGCGCUUCCAGAAGAAAAAUGCGAUCCAUCCUUUCGAAGACGCCAGCUCGCUCGCCUUCUUCUCUGAGAAAAACGACUGUAGUCUUUUGUUGUUUGGCAGCUCCAACAAGAAGCGCCCACACACCAUCACCUUUGCGCGCACCUUUGACUACAAGAUCCUCGACAUGCUUGAACUCUGCCUCGAUGGCGAGUCGUUCCGCAGCAUUUCGCAGUUCAAGACCCAGAAGGUGCCAGUGGGAACCAGGCCGUUGAUGGUUUUUGCGGGGACGGCCUUCGAAUCUCCUGUACCGAAUGGCUUCACCAUGGCCAAGUCCAUGCUCAUCGACUUCUUCCGCGGCGAGACAUCCGACAAGAUUGACGUCGAGGGUCUCCGUUUCGUUGUCGUUGUCACUGCUGACGAGCCCACCACCGCUGAGAACUCCGACGACCCAUCCUCAAAGGCUGUCCUCCGCCUCCGCGUCUACACCAUCCAGACCAAGCGCUCCGGCCAAAAGCUUCCCCGCGUCGAGCUGGAGGAACACGGUCCCCGUAUCGACUUCCGCAUCGGUAGAAUCCAAGAACCCGACGAGGCUAUGCUCAAGGAGGCGAUGCGUAAGGCCAAGACCAACGAGGAGCGCACCAAGAAGAACAUCUCCACCGACAUCAUGGGUGACAAGCUCGGCAGAAUCCACAUGGGCAAGCUGGAUCUCAGCCAGCUCCAGACAAGAAAGAUGAAGGGUCUCAAGCGCGAACGGGAUGUCCUCGACGAGGCGGAGACGGUAGUGGAGGAGGCGCCCAAGCGCAAGAAGAAGGUCGAUAUCUAAGUUUGUUGCGGUGGUUCUUUUGAGCAUCAUAUACCUUUUGCGGGCGUUUACAUUUUUGGGCUGUGUUGUUAUGUGGGACUGUUUUUUGAAGGGCAACUUCAAAAUAUUAUAGCACAAGGAACGGGGGCUAAAUGGCGUAAUGAUUAUAUGUUUUUUUGUGUGGUUCAUUCAUAGACGACAGCCACCUUCGAAGAAAGUUGCUGUCUACCUUUUGUUCUACAUGCGGAAAAUUACAUUGCAAAUCCAUGUUCUGUGUUUCCAAAUACCUGUUGCCUGUUUGUUUGACCAGGCAGUGGCCCGUUGUUGGGCUUCAUCCUCCUCCUCUUUCUGCAACAUAGUACCUCCUCCAGGAAGUAUUCCAUACUUCCAAAACUUUCCCGCCAAACAUCAACUUUGGGGGAUGAGCCCAACUUUAGUGUGACUAUGUCGAUCCCUUUCUUCUGUCUCCGUAUCGGACUCUUUUCCACUCGACGGCAAAAAUUCUGACCAGCUGAAACUUAUACGACUGAUAUCCCAAUAUCCUUCCUCCCAGUAGCUCCCAGGUUCAAACCCAUCAGGUCGAUAUCCUUCCUCCAUUCAAUAUGCCCAAAGUAAUCCCCCUGCUCCCUCCCCUGCUCCUCCAGCGCCCUCUCCUCGGCAAACCAAUCACUCCCCCAAACCUCUGGCGGUAUCGGCAUCCCCCCCUGUUGCCCAUUCCCAUCCCUCUCCGGCUCGAAAAGCGCGAUCCUCAUCGCCCACUCCAAAUGAGGCCACCACUUCCUAUACGCGUCCGGCCCGAAAAAAUCACUGUUAAACAACGACACAACCCCCAGGACUUCCCGUCUCGCCAUCCCCUGCAACCACCAAACCCCAUCAAGCGACUUCAACAAGGCAAAAAAACACGCCAAAAUCGCCAGUGCCCGAGGCCGCCGUUCCUCAAGUAGCUCAAUGAAUCUUUUGGACACCGUAGCCGGGAACGCCAACGGCGCGCCCUUGUGCGGGAUUUUGUGCGCCCAGUUCAGCACCGCCACCGCAUGCUGGUAGGCUUGUCUCGUGGCAGAAAUAUGGUCCGGGCUGUUUGGUGGUGGCAACGGUCUCGACGUCAACGGCACCCGAGCGUCAAAGCAAGAGGGGGGGUUACUCAGCUCCUCUUCUAGCCCUUCCAACAAAUGGCCAAAAAACGUCUCUGGGCCGGUGCGGAAGUCGAGUUGGAGGGCGGCUUGGGAGUUGAUUACCUGGGUUACCACCGGUGACACUCGUAAAUACUGCCAGGAGGCGGCCGUGAUGGCUUUGACGCCUUGGAAGGAGUGGAACCAGGUGAAGGGGAUGGCGUAGCAGCCUGGUUGCUGGUGGCGUUUUGAUGGGUCGGAGGAGAGGGAGGAGGUGGAGGAGGAGUUUAUGCUCAGGCCUUCGUCUUUCAUGAAGACGCGGGUGGCGGUGGACUGGAAGGCUAUGAGGGCUGCGGUUAGAAACAGGGCUUCGGCGUUGGUGUGGUUGAUUCCUUGGUUGAGGGUGGCCGAGUAUUCUUCCAGCGAGGCGGCCAUGUAGGCGUGGGAGGCACGGACGAUUUCUUUGUCGUUGGGGUUGAUGCUUCGGAGGUGGAGGGCGGCGACGGCGAGGAUGGAGUCUGCUAGGUGUUGGGAGCCGGAGAAGGCGAGGUUGGGGACGGUGAUUUUCCAAAUGUCUUCUGUUACGGGUGCGGUGAAGGUGAAUGUUUUGCAGGUCAUGACUGUGUAGUGGUGCAUGAGUUUGAGUUCGAGGAGUCGAUGUCCCGGGGCGGUGGUGGUGGACAUGGGAGGUGGGGGGAGGGGUCGGGCGAGCGGAGCGGAGGCGAGGGAGAGAUGGCCGGCGGAGGGGACGAUGGGGGAGCCGAAGUUGACGGUCGUCGCGGGGGUGGAGGGGGUUUGAGCUGCUGCUGCGGCGGCGGCUUGGAGGUCGGCAAGGACUUCGGGGUGCUCAAAGUCGCAAGCGACGCCGUGCUUUACGCAGUUGCCGCAUCGCGGGUGGACUUCAUCGCACUGGUCGCAUUGAGUGUUAGCAAUAACUGACGAAUAGAAAAUCCAAAGGCG